UCGCCCUGUUCGAAACACCCUGAACGUCAAAAUAUCAGAAAACCUUGACACCUACUACUUUGGACAGGUCAUGGCCGAGUACCCGCAGAUCCUCGCCGUGUGUGACCGGCUCCUGCCCGAAGACGUGCAACGGGAGAGCAGCGGCGUGGGGGGGGCGGCCGCCGGCCCUACAGGCGCCAAGGGAGCCGCUGCUGACGCGAAGAGGAGAGAGGAAUCCAAACGCAGAGCGAGGGAGGACAACGCCCACCUCAAGGCCAAGAAAAAGCAGGCUAAGAACGCCGUCAGCGUGCAAGAGACGGCCGCGGUUGCCAUGCACUCAGUGGCGUCUGGACUUGGACUGCCCCCCGGCGGAUUAAGCGAGCUAUUUCGGCCAGCGUCCGAACCCGCCCCCGCCGCAGCACCUUCCCCGCAGAACAUCGUAGAUGAAAAGACCGCAAAAUUGAGGUUUUUCGACACAUUGUUCGAAUCUUUCCAAGCCGCCACGAAAAAUCUCAAACAAGCCAAAGCAGAGGCGGCAGGCGGCGACAGCGCGGCGCUAGAAAUGGUCGGUUUUCUGAAAAAAAAAAUUGCGAAGAUUAGAACCGAGAUGGCUGAAUGGGACAAAAGUCCCCUUUGAGGGACAGCCCGCGGUCCCUCCCCGAUUCCACAUGUGCAAGAGCGAUCGAUUGUGUUUUAGUGGCGGUUGGUGUAAGAUCGUUCGUGUGUGGGCGGGGGAGGGAGAGGGCAGAUCGCUUUCACUUGCCGUACCGUUUGUCUUUUGUCGGGUGGGUGUUUGACGAGUGCACCACGUGUAGCACACGCAUGGAGAACGCGUAGCGCACGCUCGAAGUUCGAUGUUUUUUUUAGCCACACACGUACAGCAGUACCACUUGUCAUUUUUUUGUGGUGUUUUUUUACAGAUGACCAGGGGGGGGACACACGCAGAGCGAACGUGUGGCGCACGACCAAAGUUCGUUUUUUUUUAGACACGUACAGCAGUACCGCUUGUUUGUUUUUGGUCGGUAUGUUUUUCACCAACCACCGUCUGCAUUCGUAGAUGCUUCGGAAACAACGUCUCCUCACGACGCGAACUUAGUCAAAUACAACGUAAAAAACGUUUUGAACGCGGAUCCAUUCCCGAUACCGUUAUCCCGGGCUGUGGGAGCUGACCGUCUACGCCAUGAUGCUGUUCAGCCAACACUGUCUCCCCAGAGGCAACAUCGUGAAGUCAGAAAAAAAAAACAUAUCUAUUACCAUCUCGCAUCACGCAACUAUGACAUGACAAAAUUCCCCCACACAGGGGGGAGGGUGCUCACCCUUACCCUACACGCCAAAUGUUAUAAAAAAAAUGCGUUUGGAAACCUACAUUUUUCUUCGACUUCUCUGCAAUUCGAAUUUUCUCGCGCAAGAGAUGCACAACGCAGGAAUGACACCCAAACAAACGACGUAAUGAACAGCGACAACACGUAUCGAAACAACACGAAAUCUUACCGGACACCACUCGUAGAUUACCCCGGUUUAUGGUGUUUGUAACACAUACAACACGACUUCCGCAAAAUUGUCCGAAACGUCCUCGUAGAGGCGCAUGUGGAUUUCGCGCCUGACCCUCUCCCCCCAAACAAAAAAAAACUUUCUCACCCGCCCGUGCGCCUUCCCUU